GCGGGCACACCGCUCCUGUCCCUACCUCGCCUGGCCUGCGUGCUUGUCUGACUCCGGGCGUUCGCUGUCACUGCGCUUUCCCCUGGCGGUGCGGGACGUCAUACUAGAAAAAAGACACAGCUUGAGCCUGGGGCUCCGACCACGUGUUUGGUCUUCGCUGCCGACGUCGGGCUCGUGUUGCACUCCUCACCGAGUUCUCUUUCGGCUGUCGAUACUCUCUUUUCCAUCGGCCGAAAAGGCACCCUCCUUCCGGGAAACAUCAUCUGCUCUUGCCGGUGAGCGCGUGGUCGCUGUUUUGUCCGUCCCGGAGGACGCCAGUGUCACAGUGAAUCGCGGGGACUGAAAGCCCGUGUCUACGGUGUUCCCAGGAGUGGUGUCACGCCGUCGGCGUAGGAGCUUGGAAUUGGCGUCAACUGUAGUGGCCCUAUAAUUCCCAUUUCAUCGUCGGGGUCGAGCAUGCCCACUCACCGGUCAUCAAGGGUCCAAAAUGCUAGCUGAGCUCUGCGCCGAAAAGCCAGCCUAGCGUCCCCUGUGUAUUCAACGCGAGGUUAAACGAGGAGGUCGACUCCAGCCGGCUGUCCCGGCAGCAGUGUGUAGGGUUGGCGUCCCGACGCCGGUGCAGCGGUGGGCGAUGACUGAGGACAGCGAGUACCGCAUUCGCCUGGUGACGCUGGGCGCCGGAGGCGUCGGCAAGAGCUCCAUCGUCAAGCGCUUCCUGUUCAACACGUACUCGGACCGCUACAAGCCGACGGUCGAGGACCUCUUCUGCAAGGAGUUCGACCUCGAGUCGAUGACGCUCAAGGUGGACAUCCUGGACACCGCUGGCGAUCAUCAGUUUCCGGCCAUGCGUCGGCUGUCGAUCGCCAACGGCCACGCCUUCCUUCUUGUCUACAGCAUCGACUCGAUCGCAUCGUUCGAGCUCGUCAAGCAGUGCUUCCAGGAGGUUAGGGAGCACAAGCCGGACUACCAGGAGGUGCCCAUAAUCGUGGCGGGCAACAAGAUCGACCUUCCGGCGGAUCGUCGCCAAGUGGGCAAGGAAGACGUGGCCGAGUGGCUCUUCUGCGACCUGCCCCGGCUGCGCGCGAAGUUCGUCGAGUGCUCGGCCAAGGAGAACACCAACGUCCGAGAGCUGUUCCGGGGAUACCUGCAGCUGGCGCGCAUCCCGCAACAUCCGGGCUCCGAGGCCGCGCCCCACCACCUCGCGCACGCCACGGUGGCGGCCACGGCCGCGGCGGGGCUGCAGCGUCGCUGCAGUGCCAGGGUCUCGGGUCCUCGGGCCAGGGGUCUAGCGUCGUUCUCUUCGUCGCUACAGGCGUCGCCUUCGUCUGCCGUCCCGGACAGGUCGCCCGAGGUGCAAGCCGUAGCCAAAGCCAAGCCCAGAAGCCGCUCGCUUAUCCGUAGGACAAGCAAGAAAGCGUCCAAGCUGAAGGAACACGGCGUGGACGACUGCACCGUCUCGUGACGUGUUCCGCGCACGAACAAAGCCAAAGCCACGGCCGGCUGCUCUCUGCUGAGGCCGUUGGUGCACAGGCUUGCCCAUAGGGUCGGAGACGCAGGCAUGAGUGUACAGGAUUGGGAGCGCAUGGUGUUAGCGUGUUGCCGGAAGUCGAUGAGCACAGACGAGCGACAGAGCUGGAGCGGUGGUGACAGGUGUAGCUCACCCGACGAUUAACACAUCAAGAAAGAGAGUCAGAACACCAUCAAACGUGCACUCUUCAAACUAUAUUCGUAGCUUUUACUCAGAAGAAUAGCAAAAGCUUGCCACCUAUUUUAUCGAGUUAUAUGAGACUCUAAUUAUUACAGAUUCAUUGAGAGGCAGAUGAUAUCGUGAGACAAGAAAUAUUUUCAGCAGUUCUCAACAACAAUAAACACAAAACACGAAAUAUUUGUUGCGUUUGACGAACUCUGAAAUUCUGAGCCCUUUAUUGCUCAAGAAUUACACUAAACUGAGUUAAACGACUCAAUUUAGUGUAUUCGUGGUAUUAAGCAGAGGAGUCAGUUGGAAGAAAUUAGAGAUUCUUACUCUCUCGUUUUUGUCUAUAACUUAGUUUCUAUUGCAAGGCAUUGACUACCAAUUCACAUUGACUAACAAUUUACCAAGAGACUAUUAACGCGACAGCUUUUCAGAUAUACUUGUUAAGUGAUACGAACAUUUUUAGUGCGUCCAGUGCAUUGUAUUUUCACAGUGAUACAGCAGGCACAAAGGGAAAAAAAUAUAUCCUUCUUUUUUCCACGAGUCCUUGAGGCACCUUAAGGACACACGGUGUGUCAGCCAAUGGCUGAAUACGUUUUCAGCGAAAGAGUUGUCGGCAAAAUGUCCUGUCGUCUUGGAUUAAACGAAUACCAAUGAGCGUGGUUCCAGAGAGACGUAGUAAAAAGGAACAGAAAUUAUUUAUUAAUUUUACUCGCGAAUUUCAAGCCCACCAGUUUUACAAAACUUUCUCUCGUCAAUUGCGUACUUGCAUCACGUGUGCAGCACCGAUUUUAUGUAGUUAGCCGUUACCCGUACCGUGAUUAACGUGUACAGAUUAACUAUUGUGCUCUUGCGCUCUACAGCAGAGCGUUCACUAUUUUUAACAUUGACUCAAUACGCAUGACAGAGCUUCAAGGAAAGGUAAAGCCGCUUGGGAAUAUUUUGUUAACUCGCGUUACCACAACAAGGUGUAUCCUAACAACCUCAUUUUCGUGGUGAGGUUGCUGAAGAGUCUUCUGGCGUAUUUUAAUUAUAAAUCAAUGCAUACUUAUACGACAAAAGGGCUAAAAUAGGUCAUUAUAGCGAGAAUAUAAGCUGAAUAAAUAUUUACAAGUUAAAAAAAGCAUUCAAUAAGUUUGAAGUAGAUGCAAUCGUCAACUAGACGCCUGCCAGUAAUGGCCAAACACGAGACUGUGUCGGUAGAAACCAAGCAACCGAAAAUAUUGUAUGACAAAUCUGGCUUUGGUAAUUGUUGGUUACGCUUGUCCCGCUUAUAAUUCGACGACUGUAGCGCAGUCGUCUGAGCGUGCGGUGCUUGAAACUGCGCAGUUACUGAAAAUGUGCAGCAACCACUGAGCUCACAUUCCGUAAAAAUUCAGUCGAUUCGUGAAAAAGCCGGUCGGCCUUCCUCUGAUGAAAGCGCAUGCUGCUCUGGAUUGUCAGGAUGGUUUAACAACCAGGACCUAAGGAUUCAGCGCCAGUUGUUUCAAAUGGACCAAGUGAAGAGUUUAUUUCUGUCACGCUGUCUGGGCACCCCUAUAGGUACCAGCGUGUAGAACGUAGCUGCUUGGGCAGUAAGAAAAUCGGGGCAACUCUACCGGCAUAUCACGAGACGUUGUUCUGUAUUAGCGCUCCACAACCUUAAAAGGAGCAGACGAGUGUUGUGUAAAAUGAACCAUUCGCUGCUGAAGCUUCGGAAGCGAAAUUUUGUUCAGCUUUUACAUGGAUUCCUAUUGUAACAAGUGAGACGUCCUAACGGGAAUGACGUUUAUGAAAUGUCGAUACAGGGUGUCACUCCUAUAGUCAUUUCAAUGUUAAACGUUUGUUAAAGCAGAGUAAGAUCACUGUCUUGCCGCGCUACUUCAGAAUGUCGUAUUGUACCGUCCUGGCCUCACAAGGUGUACAGUGGGCACGUCUGUCGCAUGUGCCGCUCUGGAACUGCCGCAAAGCUAGUAUCAGAACCUGAGCUUUAAACAAGUCGAUAAUUCUUUUUUUCCUAGAGGUGCUAUAUUGGAACGUGUCGUGCGAACAGCGUGCUUCGAAUCAAUGGUCCUCAGCUAUUCUUAUUCGAAUUACGCCGCACUUUGAAAACAAAAGACGCGAAAGAUGCCGUUUUGGCUAAUGCCAUACAACGUGCUCGUCGCAACACAAUACUUGAUAGAGACGCGGCAAAGUGGAUGCAGCGGGAAGCACAACCAUUAACUUUUUAUUCCCAUAAAGUAAUACAUUGAAUCAUUCUCCCACUUUUAUUAUUUCCAUUCUCUCUCUCUCUCUUAUCUUCAGCGUAGGGUAGCAAACCGGACGCUCGUCUGGUUGACCUUCAUGACUUUCCUGUCCUUGCUUUUUCUCUCUCGUUCCUCCCACGAAGGCGUGGCGUUUGGAAGAGCUUGAGAAACGUGAGCAACGCAGAACUGCCUUGCUUAUCUUUACUGUGUUUUGCGCGAUCAGUUCUGUUCUUUUGUUCCACAUUUCAUAAAAAUUCCUAAGAGCGUUGAGCGUCACAGUAAGGGGACAAUAGUUGUAUUCCUGGCUCUCUGCGUGGUGCUGCGUUUCUAGUAUGACUUACAAAUUAUUAGUGAUGCGCUCUACCCGUUACAGAGAUCACCUUUGCUAAAUGUUGUGAGCCUGUCGGGCUUGUAAACAAAUAAUGACGCUUUGUUGUUCCAAGCCGUGUGCUAGGUCUAUUGCAACCAUAGCGCUCCAAAGCAGUGGCUAUACUGGUGCAAUAGUUCUCGCCCUUCAAACCUCUCGUCUUUUGAAACUCAGUAGGGCCGCCAGCGCAUCACUUAAUGUUAGCCUACGUGCCUCGCUGUGUGACCGCUACACUUUUGCCAAGAGCUAUACACAAUUUCAAUUUCACGAAAACAAGAAAGCGACCACAGUGACCAACAUCUUAGGUGCAUCAGCCAUUCACUGUAACAAGCACGAGGCGUCUAAUGUUCACUAUAAGGAAUUAAAAUCCAUACUGUCUUAACAAACGGAAUGUUAGGGCUGUCUUCUUACACUUUUUCUGCUAAACAAAUUCAGAGACAGCGCACUCAAACUCAUUAUUUUCCUACACAUCUAACGACUUAAAAGAAAGAAAGGCGCGUAAUAUGGAUAUGCAUAUAAACAAAAGAAGUUUGAAAGUACCUGUGGAAGCUAGCUGUUCCAACAACCUAGACGUGCCGGAGCAAACAUUAUGACCUUUCAAAAAAUAACAACACAAACGUACGAGAACAUACCUACGAGCCAGGUGGAUUAACCAACAGUCAUAGCAUUCACGACGCAUGCCAUGUGCUCCGUACCACUACUAGCAUAGUCCACAAACAUAGUUACAAAGGCUCCACAGUGGCCAAAGAUUUAGUGAGCUUUGUCCAGUUAUGCUUUAUCGUGUAGCAACAGCGAGUUAGUUACAAAGCGGCACGCGCGGAGACUGCUAACUGUACUGGGGCUAUUUAUGACCAGUGGGAAGUUCCAGGGACGACAUGAAAGAAUGGUUUGAUGUGCUGAGAAGUUGCGAAGAGUUGGACGUACGACACGUCCGUGUUUGUUCAUGUAAUAUAGUCGAUAUGUACAGAAUUUUUAUGGACGUUGUUUAACUCAACAUAUCUUGUACAUUUCAAAUAUAUACAUAUAUACCAUACCAGAGGAGGAAAAUGUACCACCGAGUCGUAUAGCUUUGGCUCGUUUCCUCUAGUAGUGUGCGUAUGCAUGGGAUUGUUCUACUUGUCCGCUGCUGCAGCGCUAUGUAUCGGUGAACGUUAAUGUUUUGGUGGCUGUUACGAAGACAUCGAACUCAAUUUUUGCUUCGUACUUUUAUGAUUGUGCUUGUGGGAUGCGAAAGUGACAUAGCGGAGCUUCAACUACUGUUUGUUUCUUUGCAUUUUUGGCAAGAUACGUUCGGGAAGUCUAUUGGGCCGCCACAGGAAACUUGAGAAACUAGCUAGCAUGACACUGAAUGAACUGCUGCACAAUUACUUCAACACAAUGAAAAUCAUCCCGUAGUGCGCGGGAAUGAACUAUAUAAUGCGUGCAAGCGUCGCUACACCAUGACCUCAUCACAAAAUGGCGAUAUGCAGCAGUCACAACGCAUAGUGUGUUGCUGUGUCUUGUUUACCGCUCAUGUCUCGGGUACCUCCAUUGCAUUCAAGGUGUGUGUACGUGGUAAGCAUUUUAACACCCUAAGGUUGUGAAGUUGCCAGAAGCGCAAGGCAGGCUCAGCGUGAGCAACGGGGGUGGGGUAGCUGAUUAAUACUAGAAGUAUAUUGUUUCCUACAAUAUUUGGGCUGUUUGAAAAAGCAGCCCCACAAACAGAAAUUAACCCGUAAGCAAAAAAUAUUCGGCAAUAAAUUAUCUUUCAUACAAAAAGGUUAUUCGUAAAAGCGGUUCUAUCAUCAAGAUGUCUCGUUUGACAGAAAAACUUGCAUAAGCCAACGAAUUUAUUUCAGUGGUUCAAGCGUCGAAGGAAGUACGUUAGAUAUGAUGGAAGCGUGUCCUAAAUACCCUUAUGGAUGUUUAGGACCUUAAAGAUCCAUAAGGAUCCUUAACGAUCCUUAUGGAACAUGCUUGCAGGUUCAUAUCCUUCUAGGAUUAUAUGCUAAGUGGAUUAUACACAUCAUUCUAGGGUUAUGGUUCAUAUAACCAUCGUGUAUUAGAAUGCAUGAAGGACAAAAAAUCGUAUGUGGAUUAAAACACCCACUGAGUGUUUACAACCGAUAUGAGUGUUAAUAUGUUCACUGUGUACAUGGCACUGCCAACGGGUGUGGCGCUUGUGUUGGACAGAAAGAUGUUCAUCUUUCAGAUUGAGUUCGGGACAAUUGGGAGAGCGUUCAGUACCCAAAUAAGGAUGGCGUAUACUUCACUGUGAUUUCUGCUCGUGUUUAUUCCCUGUAUGGUUGUCCUUGUGAGCCCCACUCUGCAUAUCUCCAACUUUACUCGGUGUGUGGUUAGUCACGCCGUUCGUGUCUCCACGUUCUGUAUGGCGCCUCGUGUACCUGUCACGGACUACAUGCGCUUUGCAUGAAACGUGUAGUCUGGGCUAACAUGGAAAUCCACUCUUAAUAAACGCAACGUAGUGCCGUAAAACGAGCGACGGAAAGGGUUUAGCAAAUAUGUGUGCAACGCUGUAAUGUCUGGCCGGUGACAAAGGAGCGUUACCUUUGGGAUCAGCAUUGACAUUCUGGCCCACAGAGGUCAAUGCAUGGAAUUAUAUCAAUUAUCAGUUACGUCUCAGCGUCCAUAAGAUCCUUCCAAGGAAGUGAUCUUUUUAAUCUCACUUGUCAACAUGACGUCACAUACAAGAGUGUUUCCUACGACUUCACUUAUCUUUGGAUCGUGUUUUAAAUUUGCUAGUUGUAGCAAAACUACAGCGCCGUGACUAUAGUAUCGGUUUUAUGCGGCGACCAGGUUCAAAAGUCCUAAUUAUUGUUAGCUGUGAUGGUACUCUACAAGUGACCUCACACCAGUGAUUUCUGUCGCUAGUAGUCUCAAUAAAGAACUCUUUUCAGUGUUUCUUUCCCGAUUUCACCUAAGCUCAACAGCGCUUAGCGCAUUCAACCAGCCAACGAUAUUUUGUCUGGCUAUUUUGGUUUCUCUAAUUGGGCAAAGAUGGAAAGAGCACGUGCUUGUACUUUUACUACCUCUGUAGAUAAUUUGCGAUAUCAAGGCAUUUUUAACCAAUGUCUACCACGGAGCGGUCACUUUCUUAAAGUGCCCUCGUACUGCGACGUGACUAAGAUGGUUUCCUUGAAAAAUAACCAACGUAGAAUCCGUUUCGCCAAAGCCUGAUAAGUUAUAAUACUAACGUACAGAAAUUCGAUGCUUAUAUUUAGCAACUCACCAUAACUCAACUGAAAAGGACGGAUCACGCUAGGCAGUCUCUAUUACUUUCUUUCCGCAGCAUAAUUAAAAUGUUUUCCCAUCCACAACAUUUAUUACACACACAAUGUUAAAGCGAAAAUGCAUAAAUCAUGCUCCUUUUUUUUCCGAGGUACAGAGAAUGCCUUUGUCGGACCUAACAUAUUCCGACGCUACGCGGGACCAAAAAUUUAACGAUGGGCAGUCACUUCGGUUGACUUCGUUUCUCCCGGAGCUAAGAAUGUAUGCAAGAUGUUGCUAAAUGGUCGGCUCAAGCACUUUUUAAUUAGAGAAGAAAGCUUUGAAAAGAAAAUGCGCAUAGAUUUUAUUGAAAUCGCACUCUCUGCAAAAUGAAGCACAACGCGCUUUUUUGUGCGUGUAUUUUCCUUCAAAAGCUUAUGAUGCUUCGUUGUUUUCCUACGCCUCAGCAAAACAUUAAAAUAACACUGAGAGGACUUAAUAAAGCAAGGUCUAGGUUUGGGCCAACUUCUGCUAAUGUUUCCGAAGAGCGGACAUAUAUUCCCAGUGCGCUAGCAUUGAAUUAAUUUUAUUAAAAUUUGAUGCCUUUAAAAUGUAAAUUUUAGUAACUUUAGACACUUCGAAGGUUGAACAAUACCCAUAGCGCAAAAUGAAAUGAAAAUUUCCCAGUUUCACAAUUACUAAAAUUUAUUAUUCGAUAACUCAACAACAGAAACAGGUAUCACUAAUCUGUUAACCACGCUUUAUAUAGCGAUUAAAGCGGUUGCUUUUCAACUAUUAUACAAGGGGUUUCAAAGUGACCAUUUUCUGUAUUCUCAAGUUGUUCAAUGACCACGUCACCGAGGUAACAAACGAAUUAAUUGAAAGCGCGAUGUUAAAGUCUGACAAUGCCGCUCUAAUCCUCUUUAUCAUUAGCAAUUCCCAAAACUGGAAUAGUUUUAAACAUUUUUGAACAAUUACACAGUUUCACCUUGCCAGUUAGUUAUUCUUUCUUCAUUUGUUCAUGUUAACUGUAAAAAUCAUAGCACUCAACUUCUACAGCCCCUUGUCCAACCCCUACUCCAACCGAUACUCCACCUCGCCUCCACCCCCUAUUUUUUAUAACCAUUUUGCGCUAAGUGGCCACAGAUCUUAUGGUCUGAGAUCCUUCAGUAUGAAUGGACUAGCCCAGCAACACGUACGUAUUACUGAGUUACAUUUCUUCUACAUUGCUCCAUUUUAAUAAUGUUUACGAUAGCCGCUCACCUUGUCCCUUCCACAUUUUAUUACCAUAUUGCACUAAGUGGCCAUAAGUUUUAUGAUUUUAAAUUGUUACAAAACAUUUUGAUGACCUAAAUAAUAAAUGUAUGACAAUCACUGGGUACAACUUCAAAGUUUUCUUUAAAAUAGCAACACAUUAUGUUCAGAUGAAUCGAGUGAUGGCGUACUA